GAGGAUUGAAGGUGCUGGAGGCGGGGCAGCCGAGGAUGAGUCCCGGGGCCUAGUCUAACUCCACUUUUUCUCCUUCCGCACAGCACAGCGGGUUUCCGCUUCCCUCCAGGGCACUGGGUGAGGCAGUGAGGCCGAAACUCGACGAGGUAGCGCCGCUAUGUGGCCCCCGGACGCAGAGCCGGAGCCCGAUCCGGAGUCCGCGGACCGCCCCCGAAGUGGCAGGACCGUGCCCGGGCUCCGCGCCCUGCUGCCUGCGCGCGCCUUCCUCUGCUCGCUCAAAGGCCGCCUCCUGCUGGCCGAGUCGGGACUCUCAUUCAUUACCUUCAUCUGCUACGUGGUGUCCUCGGCAUCUGCCUUCCUCACGGUACCUCUGCUGGAGUUCCUGUUGGCUGUUUACUUCCUCUUUGCUGAUGCCAUGCAGCUGAAUGACAAGUGGCAGGGCCUGUGCUGGCCCAUGAUGGACUUCCUGCGCUGUGUCACGGCUGCCCUCAUCUACUUCGUCAUCUCCAUCACAGCUGUCGCCAAAUACUCAGAUGGAGCUUACAAAGCAGCUGGAGUUUUUGGCUUUUUUGCCACAAUUGUGUUUGCAAUUGACUUCUACCUGAUCUUUAAUGAAGUGGCCAAAUUCCUCAAGCAAGGAGACUCUGCGAAUGAGACCACAGCCCAAGAGACAGCAGGAGAUCAUUCCAACUCCAGCUCUGAUUCCGACUCAGACUGAGAAGGCCUGUGUGCGCCUGUGCCUGGCGCCACUCAGGCCUGCCAUCCAUACCGUCCUGAUGGGGCUGCAGGAGCAUGACAGUGGACGCCCACAGGAGAGCAGACCGAGGAGCUCCAAGAUUAUGGCCCCUGAGCCUCACACUCAAAUUGGCUGUGCUGGCUUAGCACUGCUGAGCUGGCGCCUGAGAAGACUGAAUAUCCUGCCUUCUCCCGUUUCUGUCCUGAAGACCUGAGCCUUUGAACCUCGCUGCCCCAUGGGAGCAGAGCAGACAUCACACGGAGCCAGUCACUGCGGUUCAGGCAGCUGCGGUUCAGGCAGCUGCGUGGGGAGUGGUCACAGCAGGCUGACCCACCCAGCCCCGGUGGGCUCUGCAUGGAGGGCUCCUGUUCACACCUGCACUUUGUUGAGAGGACUUUCAGGAAUCUUUGUUCAAGAAGUUUCCCUCCUCGCUGUAAAACAGGGAGAAACCCAACUAGCCAAGUCUUCCAUUGUGGGUCUGAGACCUUUUCAGCAAAGAGCCCAAAGACCUGUCUGUCUACCAGGGCAGUGGCAGUGACAAAGUCACAUGUGGCUGGGCGGGCCCAGUCAAGCCCUCUCCUCCUGGGAGCCACCUGGACAGGCCUGCUGACAUGGGCCUUCUCUGUGUUCACCUGGGGGUUGAUACUGUGUGUGUCUUUGAUGUUUUCUAACUUUUUUUUAUAACUUUUUUAUUCAAAAGCAAUGUAACAAAUGGCAUUUCUGUGGCCCGAGAGGCCCCAUGAAUGAGCCAGAGCUCUGGGCCCAUGUCUUAAGCUGUCUGUAACCUUCCUACCUUGCAUGUAAAUCCCCUCCCUAAAAGAAUGCCACAAUGGAUUAAAAACAAAGUGCCUACCUGCUCAGAGUGUGCCCGACUGAGAAACGCACCCGCCGCCUGCAAUAACUGCCCAUUUCAAUGGCCACGGUCCCGCCGCCUGCAAUAACUGCCCAUUUCAAUGGCCACGGUCCCGCCGCCUGCAAUAACUGCCCAUUUCAAUGGCCACGGUGGGUCCUGGUGGCUGCCGGCAGUGGUGCGGCAGUAUUCCUCUCUGCUGGGCAGCAGCAUCUGACCACCACUGCCUUUUACUCAUCUUAGUGAGGCAGUGAAGGGUGAGCAGGCAGCCUGGUUAGGAUGGUGUGUCCUCCAACAACCAAAACCUGGGUCUUGAGCAAGGGAGCUCAGAGCAGCUGCUAUGAGGAACCCAGUCACCACUCAAGCCCAAGUGCCAGGGGAGCGGCAAAGCCUUCUGCACACCAUCACUGGAAACGCACACUAAAACACAUGGACAGCCAGAAGCAGAGGCAGAGAGGCUGUGCAAAGCCCUGGAGCCUGGCAAACUGGUUACAGCCUGUUGACUGUGGCUCUGUCACCUCUACAGAGCAAAUUUGUUUGCAGAAGUGAGGAGAAAGGAGAGACUAAAACAUUUUUAUGUGUCCAUUUAUUAAACAAGAACUCCUUCAUGACAA